CGAAGAAAGCGGACGUUUUCAACGGCCACGCCCCCUCUCUCUCGCUCUCUGUCAUUCAAUUUCAUUGUCGAAGCUCAAAGAAUCGACCAAGAACCUGAAACUGAUGUUUCUGUUUGAGUUCGACUCAUUACAGACAGAGAAAAGUCGGUUUUUUUGGUCCUUUCUCGCGGGGGAGCUUCAUCGGAUACAUCGCCUGUUUCUUCCGCUUGCUUGUAUCUCUAAAACUUUCGGAGAUUUCGGAUCAAAUUGAGAGAGUCUCGUGGCGUGCCUGGCUUGCAGAUUUGGCUCUUUGAAGCCGGAAUGGAACAAUUUCGGCAGGUCGGGGAGGUAUUAGGAAGUAUGAAGGCUCUCAUGGUGUUGCAGGAGGAUAUCCAAAUCAAUAGGAGACAGUGUUGCUUGCUCCUCCAUAUUUUCGCUAUGGCUUUUGAAGAGAUCGCGUCGGAGAUCAAGCAGAACCUCAAGCUCGAAGAGAAGAACACCAAGUGGAAGGCUCUCGAGCAGCCUCUGAGAGAGCUCCACCGCGUUUUUAAAGAAGGCGAGCUCUACAUCAAGCAAUGUUUGGAUGUCAAGGACUUUUGGGGCAGAGCGAUCACCUUUCACAACAGCAAGGAUUGUGUCGAAUUCCACAUCCACAACUUGCUGUGUAGUUUCCCAGCAGUCAUCGAGGCGAUCGAGAAUGCCGGCGAGAUUUCGGGACUCGACCCUGAUGAGAUGCAAAAGAAAGGAAUUUUGCUGAGGAGGAAGUACGAUAAGGAGUGGAAUGACCCCAAACUCUUCCAACUGAGAUACGGUAAGCAGUAUCUGGUCCCCAAAGAGCUGUGCAAGAGAUUGGACACGGUUUGGAAAGAGGACAGAUGGCUUCUCUGCGAGGUUCUGAAGGAGAAAAAGAGCUCGGAAUCUGCUGUUCUGACAAAGAACGAGCAGCGGCUUGCCGAUCUUUUGCUCAAGAAAAUAAGUGCCUUGGAGACGUACAAUUGGACACUCUGUCCUAGUUCAAUCCUUACUGGGGCGAAGGACUAUGCUGUGCGGCGGAGAUUGGGAAGCGGGAAAGAGCUCAAGGAGAUUCAGUGGUUAGGGGAGAGCUUUGUUAUGCACCACCUUUUUGGAGAGGUCGGGUCAUCGAAAGACGAGAUCUCUACUCUCCUUUCUCUUUCCCAUCCUAAUGUGCUUCCGUACUUAUGCGCCUUUUGGGAUGAGGAAAAAAAGGAAUGCUUUCUAGUUGCGGAGUUGAUGAACAAGAGUCUAGCUUGUCACGUAAAAGAAAAUUCGAGUCCGAGGCGGCGUAUAUUGUUCUCACUUCCGGUUGUAGUCGACAUCAUGAUUCAGAUUGCAAGAGGGAUGGAGUAUCUCCACUCUCAGAAAAUUUAUCAUGGUGAUCUUAACCCGACCAACGUCCUCCUCAAAUCCAGGACUCCAUCGGAAGGUUAUUUUCUUGUUAAAGUGGCAGGGUAUGGUUCAUCGACUGUGCUCAACUGUAAUUCCAACUGUUUGCCAAACCAGGACUCGAUCAGCCCUUUCAUUUGGUAUGCCCCAGAAGUCCUCGCUGAGCAGGAAAAGCCAGAGAGUAAUUCUAUUUCGAAGUACUCAGAGAAAGCAGAUGUGUACAGCUUCGGGAUGAUUUGCUUUCAGCUUUUGACCGGGAAAAUACCCUUUGAGGAAGGCCAUCUUCAAGGAGAUAAGAUGAGUCGAAACAUAAGAACUGGCGAGAGGCCUCUGUUCUCAUUUCCUUCACCGAAGUACUUGGUGAAUCUAACAAGAAGAUGCUGGCAAACAGAGCCUUCGCUGCGUCCAAGCUUUUCAUCGAUAUGUAGAAUUCUGCGUAAUGUCAAGAAGUUCUUGGUGAUGAACCCAGAAAAUGGUCACCCUGAGCUGCAUUCUCCUCCUGUAGACUACUGUGACAUAGAAGCCGGAUUUCAAAAGGAGUUAUCCGCGAGUGGGAAUUCAAUGGCAGUAACGCAGAUUCCGUUUCACAUGUUUGCUUAUAAACUGGCGGAACUAGACAAGACUUGUCUGAGUACUAAGGUCGAGAUCUGUGAGACAGCGAGCGAAGCAGGAACAACCUGCAAGGACGAGAACUUGUUCGCAGAGGAUGAUUCUUUUCUAUUACCUGUAAGAUAUGCAAGAUCGGUCUUUUCUGAUACUCCAGACAAGAAAAAUCGACUGACUAACAAAGGCACAGCUUUGAAGGUUAGAAGAGUUCCAGUAGAAGAUCAGGUCCAGCUAGGGAUCGACGCGAGGUCUAUUUGUUCGGAGAUACCAGAGAAGAGAACGUUGUCAUUCAAGAAAUACGCUGAUAUUAAGACCCGGAAAAGUUCAGGAACCCCAAAAGCACAAGACAGGGCAUCGUUAUUGAAUCCUGAACGCCACAAUGUGAAGAUAACCAAAAGGAGAGACUUUGUUGUGCCCAUGACCUCCUCUAAAAGCGUGAGUCGAGGACGAUUACGCGGACACGUAUCAGAUUCCGAGAUACAAUAGCCGAUGCUCCUCCUUUAAAUUCCUGCACCUCUAUGGUCUUUCUUAGACAAUUUUGGCCCCAGGAAGUUUUGGUCCUAAAGCUGUUCAGUUCACAUGGCAGUCUCUGGUUCUCAUUGGGUCAUGUCCAGCCGAUUUGGUGAGGGCAGAAUGAAUCCGGUGUUCGAUUCUGCAGACCGGCUUACAUUGUUUGAAAAUAUCUCUUUCUGUGUUUGUGGAUCAGACUUCUUGUUCCAUGGAACGCGACCCUCUAUUUUUGAACAUACUCCUUUUACAUGGACAAUGUAGAGAGAUUGUGUAGAGAUGUUUCUAAACCAGUUUUCGGUUCUGUUCUGAAGGAGUGGGUCGUGGUCAGGAAAUUUGUCUGCUUCACUACGCAAGGACUCGGAUCCGUCUAUAAUCUUUGUUUACCUGAUCUGUCUCCAUGUUCCAAGAA